AUGAUAUCCGAAUUCCAAAAGCUGGCGGAACAAGAAAUAAUCUCCCCCGAAACAGCUCAACUUCCUGACCUUGGAGAAAUACCAGAAGCUGACCCUCUCCCCGCUGAGGAGGAGGAAGAAGAAGAGGAAGAGGACGAAGAAGAUGAAGAAGCAGAAGAUUCGGACGAUGAAGCUCCACGUCGAAAACGCAAAGGCAGACCUCGUCUUAGCUCAAAACGCGAAAGUGGAGCGAACGACCUUCACAAAGGAGCUGAUGCCGAUGGACGCAAGAGACGCGGCCGUCCCCCACGUGUUGAUACCCCUAUGGAGGCUCGGAUCAAAGCCGUUCUCAAGGGAAUCCGUAAACUGAAAGAUAGCAGCGGGCAGAUGAAGGUUCGCCAUUUUGAGCGCCUUCCGGAUAAGUCGGCAUAUCCAGAUUACUAUGUUGAGAUUAAGGAGCCUCUUGCUAUCGAUCUUAUCAAGAGAAAGUCAAAACGCAAGAAGUACACUUCCGUUGACCACUUUAUGAGGGAUGUCGAUGUCAUGUUCAAUAACGCAAAGGCUUAUAACCUUCCCGAGAGCCAGAUAUACCGAGAUGCAGUUGAUCUGCACCGAGAGGCACAUAGGCUUGCUGAACAGGAGAAGAACAAGGCAGACAGUGAAUACCUGAUGGAAGAUGGCCGUCUACCAUUGCCUAAUGGUAUUACAUACAAGGACGAGGUCUGGCGAGUUGGCGACUGGGUUCAUCUUCAGAAUCCAAACGAUGCGACGAAACCCAUUGUAGCCCAGCUGUAUCGGACCUGGCAAGACCCUGAGGGAGAAAAAUGGAUCAAUGCCUGCUGGUACUACCGACCCGAGCAAACCGUCCAUCAUUUCGAGAAGCAUUUCUAUCCCAAUGAAGUCGUCAAGACUGGCCAAUACCGAGACCACCGGAUAGACGAAGUUGUUGAUAGAUGCUUUGUUAUGUUCUUCACACGCUACAAUCGUGGGCGCCCACGGGACCUACCGCUUAACAAAGAGGUUUAUGUGUGCGAAGCCAGAUACAAUGAAGAAAAGCACAAACUCAACAAGAUCAAAACAUGGGCCAGCUGCCUGCCUGACGAGGUACGCGAGAAGGACUACGAGAUGGAACUGUUUGAUGCCCCUCGGAAGAUCAAGAAGAUCCCGAGUCCUAUCAGACAUCUCCUCAAAGAAGACGCAAAGGAAACGGAUGACCUCCCAAAGCCUACCUGGGGUGCCGAGAAUGCGCCGCCUAUCGUGGGAGCAGUCCAUUGCCGUCCACGCGAUGAGAAUGUGAGUAGCCAGCCGCUUAAGACACGUCCUGCAUGGUGUAACGAGUUUACUGACCCGUUCUUUAGGAGUCUCCUCCCCCAGAGCCAACACCUUCGCCACCUCCACCGCAGCUUCAGCCGCCUGCUGCCUUACCAAUUCCGAGGCCACCUUCCAUGGUUCAGUCUCAUACGCCUAUGCAGCCUAUGCCCGGCCAAGAUCAUGUUCGACAUAACUCUAUUCCACACAUUCCUGGCCGUUUGCCUCAUGCGGCCCACCUUGCUGCUUCUCCCCAACCUCCCAUGA